AUGCAACUAUUAGGAGUCGGGGCAACAAGUCCAAGCAUGGAAAUGAAACCUAUGUUGACAAGGGAAAUAGUGGUAGUAAUGUCCACAGAAAGCGCAGCUGAUACUCAUCAAGCUGUUAAUGGUUCUCAUGAAAUUGAGGAAAACCGUAAUGGUACUGUAAAUGUGGUGGAUUUGCAGCACCAAGAUGGUGAUGUAGAUAGGAAAUUGGAUUCUAAGCCUAGUUUCAAAAGGAGCUCGUCAAGCAAUAAGAAUGAUGAAACAAAAAUCCUAUUGAUUUGUCACCAGAUGCAAGGCCCUUGUUAG